AUGGCCUCAAAUAGGCUCCAAGGGCGUGGUUUCAUAGACUCUCAUCCCUUUUACUCCAAUUGGGAUUUACGACCUGAUCCAUCCCUAUUCAUCUUCAACCAGGGUGGUCAAAAUGUUUACAUACUUAUGUAUGUUGAUGAUAUUCUUAUCACAGAUGAUUUUGCCAUCCAGGUUCAAGGCUUACUAAUUAAACUUGCAGCUAAAUUCUCCAUUAAAGAUCUUAGUCCAUUGCAUUUCUUUUUGGGCAUUGAAGUGGUUCCCCAUCCCAAGGGUGUUCUCCUCUCUCAGUCACUCUACAUCACAGACCUACUGGCUUGCUUUGGUAUGACUGACUAUAACCCUGUCUGCACUCCCAUAGCCCCCACUCCAUCAACGUCUUCUUCAGGGGAUGCUCCAUUUGAUGAUCCACCUCGCUACAAAUCUAUUACUGGGCCACUCCAAUAUGCCACUCUCACACACCCUGAUGUUUCAUUCACUGUUAAUAGGGCAUGUCAACACAUGCAUGAUCCCACAGAUGACCACUGGAUCCUCGUCAAAAGGAUCCUUCGGGCUGGCAACUCCACAGAUAUGCGUUCAUCACGCAAGCAAAAUACAGUUGCCUACUCUUCUACUGAAUCCGAGUACAAAGCCCUUGCUGAUGCAUCUGCUAAGUUCAUUUGGCUAUAG